AUGCCUGCCGACGAUGAUACGCCACGCCUACCGAAGCCUUCCAUGUUCCUGGGAAACAAUUCCAGCCCUGCGACAAUACGUGUUCCAAGCUUCAACCAAGACAGGCCAGCCCUCUGGUUCGCGCAAUUAGAAUCACAAUUCCGCAAUCACAACGUCACGAGCGAGGUGGACAAAUUCCACCACACGAUUCCGUUGAUAGACACGCGCAUAGCUGCCGACGCUGAGGACAUCAUUUUAAAUCCGCCAGUCGACAAACCCUAUCAACGUUUAAAGACCACACUAAUUGCUUGCUAUUCUAAGUCGAGAGAAGCAAAAAUCCUACAACUUCUGGACGGUGAGUGCCUCGGCGACAGAACGCCCUCCCAACAUCUGCGACACCUUCGAAGUUUAGUUCCAGACAUAGACGAGGAAGUACUAAGAGCAAGGUGGCUCUCACAUCUCCCCGACCAAAUGCGCGCAUGUUUGGUUGCACAACGCACGGCCGAGCUACAACCGUUAAGCGAAGCCGCGGAUCGUUUACACGACGUUCUUCAACCUUCUCAAGGGCAUAAUAUAGCUGCAACAUCGCUUACAACAACUCACGACUCAAAUUUUACAGGCGUUGAGCAACAACUUGCUCACAUCACGAGAAGUCUUCAGAAGCUUUUAAACACCCAUCAAACCACUGGACGAAAACGGUUUCGUUCACAACGCAUCAACAGAAGCAGAUCGGUUUCUCCUGCCAUGUCCACCAGUAACACCUGCUGGUAUCACAAAAAGUUUGGCAACCUGGCUCAAAAAUGCACACCUGAUUGCCAACAAGCGGGAAACGCAGCAGAGAGACGUUAG